AUGGGUAAGAGCCGACGAAGGAGCAAGAAGGGAGACGAUGAGCCGAUGACGGUCGCCGCGCCGUCCGGCGGCGGCGACGACGGCGGAUGGCUCACCGGUUCGGCGAUAACGGCGAUGGCGGAGGACACCGAGGGCGCGGACGCGAACGCAAAUGCGGCGGCGCCGACGCAACACAGGGCGCUCACCGCGGGUCUCGCCAAGCUGAAGAAACGGACCGUGCUGAGGGGCGUGACCAAGCGCAAGAACAAGGCCAUCGCGCGGGGCAUCGCGCACGCGGACAGGAAGGAGGUCAAGGCGAAGAAGAAGGUCGCCAGGCGGGGACUCAGGCUCGAAGGCAAACAGCUGUACUGA